AUGAUUCCAGCAAUACCAGCGAGACCACAGCGUAAGAAGGGCGAUAGCGCGGAGGACAGUCCCGUGCCAGAGGUGCCACAGCGGCCCAUGAGGCACUCUACCACGGAAGAGAUAGCUGAUCUGGUGUCAAAUACAACUAAGGAGUUGGAAGAGAUGGAGCAAUUGAUUUCGCAUGGACACAAGGGUGAGGAACCGGUGGUUCCUCAGCGGAGGCCUAAAGUAGUGAAAGCUAAAGAGCACGAGAACAAGCAGGUGGUGGAUACUCCUGAAAUGCCUAGUAUCCCACAGCGCCCAAGAAGGAAGCAGACUUCUGAGAGUCUUGAAUCAGUGUCAGUUGCUGAUGGACAAGGGUCGAAGGCUACUGAAGAAAUGACAGCAACUGAUUCGCCAAUGGAGGAUAAAGACACCAAUAUGGUCGAGAACACGGCUGAUGUUUCAAAAGCGAAGGAGUCUACAGAAUUAAAUGUCCCUGGUGGAACAGAAGAGACUUUCACAACAGAAGAUCCACUACCAGCUACAACUGGUUCUCAUCCAGAAGCAAUAAAGGAGAUUUCUGAUGAACUGAACGAAGUAGUUGCAGGUACGGAAAAGCCAAUAGAGCAUACAAUCUCUAAUGACAAGGAGGAAACUACUUUAAUGAAAACGUCUGAGCAACGGGAUGAGGAAAUGAAGGAGACGAAAUCAAAUAGAGCUUCUGAAAAGCUUUCUGAUAACACAUCUGAAAACGAAACUGUUAAAACUAGCGACUUUGUUGCUAAGACAGCUGAGAAGACGGCCGAAAUGGUGUCACCACAAGAGUCGAGGGAUGAAAUUGAGAAAUCAGUUGCGAAGACAGACGAGGAAACUGAUGACAAACAAAUUGAGGAGCAAAAGAUUGAAUCGAUUGAAGAAUCAAUUCCAGAGUCAAUUGAAGUGCCUAUGAAGAAGUCCACUGAGGAACCCGAAAAGGAGCCUGUUGAAGAUUCAAGCGAAAUAUUGGUUAAAGGACAAACAGAAGAGCCUUCUGAGAAAUCUGUGUCAUCUUCUCCAGACCAAUCUAACGAUGCGCCUAAGACCAGUACCGAAUCUGCUAAUGAAAUUCAGAGGAAGUCCCAGGAGCCAACUACAGAAACAACUUCGGAAACAUCUGAAAAGUCUACCAAAGAUUCAACUGAGCCAUCGGAGAAAGUAUCACAAGACCGAUCUGACCAGAAUGAAACGGCUGAUGGAGAAGAAACGAAGCCGCAUGUUCCAGAAAGCAGGCCUAAGAAGCGUGGACCUCCCCCAGUUCCGAAGAAGCCAUCGUCACGGAUAGCAGCUUUCCAAGAGAUGUUACAGAAACAACAAGAAGCACAGUUUGAGAAGAGCCAAAAGAAAGGUGAGCAAAAUGAUGGAGCAAUGAAUAGUGAUGCUAGGACCAAGUUUGCAAAUAACCUGAAUGGUCUUUUUGCCCUUCCAGGUAUGGUUCCUGGUGGUCCGCCUCCACCUGCACUUGCAAAAGUGUUGAAAGAUCCCCAAGAUACUGCUAAUGACAAAACCUCGACGUCGAAUGACCAAGAUACUGGAUCUGGUACAAAUUUGAAAGAUGUUCGUCAUGGUAGAGCAAGAGGUCCUCGAGGGCGCAAACUUCCAACAAAAGUGGCCACCACUGAGAAGGUGAAAGUUUCAGAGACAGGAAACACCAUCGAGAUAUUCAGUGCAUGGAAACUGAGUAUCAAAGGGCAAGUUGUUCACGACGCGGAUGACGACAUUGACUGCCGUGAUCAGGACAACUAUGUAGAAACAGAGGAGCAAAACAUGGAAGAACAGGAAGAACGUGAAAUGGAGAAAGAACUAAUGGCGUCUGAAUCUACUGUUGAAGAAGAGGAAACAGUUGAACAAGAAAAAACAGUUGAAGAAGAAAAACCAGUUAAAGAAGAACUUACAGUUAAAGAAGAACAAACAAAAUCUGCAGAACCCGUACUAGUCAACGUACCAACUGGUACAUCUUCAGACAUCUUGGACAAUGAACCUACUAAAACUACUUUGGAUGUUCAAGAGCCUUCCCCUGAACAGAAACUAGACACUGAGGCCAGAGAAGAGUCAGGAACUCUCCCAACUGAAGCCGAACCGCUAGACAAUGAAUAG